AUGGACGGGGACGGUGCAACUGCGUCGACCGCGCGCAUACAGGCGUACCACGAUGCAGUCGACCAGUACCUCCUCCAGGCCAUUCUAUCCUCGGUAUUGUGCGCCGUCUCUUUCGUGCUCUCCAUCGUCUCCCUCGGCGUGUUGUACAAGCGCGGGAUCAAACAGCGCUCCGUUCAAGUCCUUCUCGUCGCUACCACGGUCAUGACGGUCUCGACGAUCCUCUUUUACGCAUCGGCGGUCACCACCUGCUUCAUAAUGAACAAGGUCCUCGCCACGCAGCUUGCCGGUGCUUCAGUCGACUCCGACGAAGCCGCCUCUCUCACCCACACCUUGUACACCAUCUCCAUGAUCAGCACGAACGCCCUCCUCAUCAACGUCACCGUGGGCGACGCGGUCGUCGUCUGGCGGGCAGUCGCGCUCUGCAACUACAACAAGAUCCUUCGUCUGGGCGGAAUGGUUAUGGUCGCGGCUAUAGGAGUGCUCGGGUUAAUUGGUACGGUGUGGGCCGCCCCCGGCAAUUUGUGGAUCAUCAAAGUGACCGUCGACCCUGCGUUGCGACUGCAACCCGUCUCCGGCUGGAAACCCGACACCCCUGCGUUCGUGUCCCUGAUGCUAACGCUGGUCACGAACGUCAUCGCGACGGCGCUGAUAACAUACAAGGCAUGGGUGCACUGGCGGACGAUCUUGCGGAGCUUGUCGGGGUGCGGCGGCGUCCUGCCGCGCGCGCUGCAUUGCCUGGUUCUCCUCAUAGAGACGGGGGUCGUGUACUCGUUGCUCUGGGUGUACAUCGUCGUCGUCUACUACACCGUGGUUCUGACGCCGAGCAUAAACUCCUCCAAGUUCGAGGUCUCCGGAGCGGUGUUUAUGACGUCGUGCUUGACGCCGAUCGUGGCGAUAUACCCCAUGGCGAUCAUCGUGAUCUUCGCGAUGAACCAGUCGCCGCUGGAGGAGCUCACGGUGUUGACCACGAUUCCGUUCGACACGGGCAUGACGAUGUCCAUGUCCGUCUUCCACGGGGAGGAUGCUGUGUUCCCGGAUGGCCACGGCAAGGCCGAAACGACCGACUAG